CCUCUGUCAGUCAACAAGAUGGCGACGUACGCAAGUAUGGGGCGAAGCAGGAUUAGUAUUUACGCUGUUUGUUUGGUUAUUUUCCUUCAGCUGUUGGUCAGUGGCUGCCUGUCCACACCAAUUCCACAAACACCGAACGAGAUGGGGAAAACAUCCCAGAGUCCUACCAACCAAGGUAAAGGUGCAGCAAACACCUCAUCCAUUCCAGAGGACCCAACACCUGCUUCCAGUAAACCCAACACAACAGGAGAUGGUAAAGAUGUGAAGACAACACCUGCUUCCAGUAAACCCAACACAACAGGAGAUGGUAAAGAUGUGAGGACAACACCUGCUUCCAGUAAACCCAACACAACACCUGCUUCCAGUAAACCCAACACAACAGGAGAUGGUAAAGAUGAGAACACAACAUCCAAUGAACCUAAAACAAAUCCAUCAAGCGACAAAGAUCAUACAGCCACUGAAAUUGCCUCUUCUGCUGAUGAACUGCCUGAGACUUCCCAGAGCAUUCAUACAAAAAAAACACUACCUGCUAUCUCAACAGGUAAAACGCCCUCACAAGUUGCUUCGUCACAUACCACUACACACCCUCCAUCAGUAGCUCCCACUACCUCUGUCAAAAUGCCAGAACCAACUAAAACUGAACCAAAUGAGUCUGGUGUACCUGACACCCUCAAUGAUGUUGGCAAGCUGAGCCCAUUCACCACAGAAAGUAUUAGUUCUGGCCUGCUGGACAGUAGUAAUGGGCAAUCUACCACUCCCACCAGUGAGGAUGAUGGCUUGAAUGAGGAUGAUGAAGAUGAGAGCAUCUACUCUGAUACUUCCAAUGAAAGCAAAAUGGACCAAAAUCCGCUGGUUAAUGAGCUGGACAUGACCCGUUACAAGGAAGCUGACAACUACAACUCAGAACAGGAGGAUUCGCAUUUCUUCUUUCAUCUGAUCAUCGUGGCCUUCCUGGUGGCCAUUUUCUACAUCACCUACCACAACAAGAGGAAAAUCCUCCUCCUGGUACAGAGCCGUCGAUGGAAAGAUGGUUUAUGUUCUCGUAACACGGUGGAGUAUCAACGCCUGAGCCAGAACGUCAACGAGGCCAUGCCGUCCCUCAAGAUGACCCGAGACUAUAUUUUUUAAUCAGCGCUUAAGAAAUGAGUUGUGUGUCUAAACAAAAGCAGAAUGGCCCUUCUGCCUGAUCACUCAUCAGAUUCUGUGCUUUUUUUUGUUUGUUUUCUUUAAUUUCAUAAGCCUUUAGGAGAUC